AGUAUAGGUGUUUGUGCGUCCACAUGCAGUCGUAUGGACGAAUAGGAAGUGGAAAGAGUAGUUUCUAGGUGACAUGUUUUCUACAUAAGUGCUCCAUGCCAGUAGAGUAAAUUCUUGUCGGAGAAAGUCUAUACGUCCAAAGCCGCGCCACGCAUGUAAUUUCCACUAAAUUGCAUGGUCGGUAAUACGGGAAGGCCACGGCCCCAACGGGCCGCGCGAGGCGAGCCGAGCAUGCGUAAUAUCCUCCGCUCCUGUGGUCCUCCCAUCAUGGACGACGCCGCUCUAACAUCCAACUCCAUCCGCUAGAGAACGUUUCUGGCGAAGACGACUGCUGCUCCAGCUGCUGCUGCUUUUCAUUGAGUAGAACCUGGAGUUUGCUUCUAGCCUCGCUGCUUGCGUGUGUUGGAUGCAAAACUUCCAAUCCUUUCCUACGCUGCUUUUCUCAACAACUCGAAGGGGAAAAUAAUAAGAAAAGACGAAGGUGGAGGGGAAAAGAAGAACAAGAUGGACGAGCUGAAGCGGGAAGAUAGCAUCACCAUGACCCCUGGUGGGUUCAAGUCGGCGUCUUUGUGGCCGUUCGCGCAACAUCAACGUCGACGUGCGAGUAUCAUGCAACCGCAUCCCUACCCAGGAGCCCAUCAUCAAAGUUCUGGAAGUCACUCUCAACAUCAGAAUUAUGAUGGGCGCGGCCAGUGCCAAUUCGACGACAGUGUGAGGGCAACGAACAGUGGCACGCGAAACGGCUUUCAUCAUCCUACGUUAUGCAAAGCAGACAUGAUAUUGGAGGGGUCUUCUUCAUCAAUAAGCUUUUUAUAGCAUCAUCAUGAGACAAGUUAGGACAACUCCGGGCUAUCUCCAUCUAUCAGAUAGCUCCUCCCUCUAAUUACAACGAGGGCGAAGCCCUCUCUUCUAACUAAAACUGGCACCCCGAUACAAGAGAGGUCGCCAUCGUAUGCCGGAAGAGGCACCGACCACCUGAACGAACGAACAGGAGGACUACACUCUGCUGAAAGCUCCUCAGGGGAUCUACUUGGACAAGCAGAAACCGAUGGUGCAGGUGGGGAUCAACUUACGGCGCCUUGGAUAUUUGUAGAGCGGGAUGAAAUGACUCUCGACCUGAUGAAAGGCGGAGCUAGGAUAUUUGGAGAGCGGGAUGAAAUGACUCUCGACCUGAUGAAAGGCGGAGCUAGGAUAUUUGGAGAGCGGGACGAAAUGACUCUCGACCUGAUGAAAGGGGGAGCUUGGAUAUUUGGAGAGCGGGAUGAAAUGAUUCUCGACCUGAUGAAAGGCGGAGCUAGGAUAUUUGGAGAGCGGGAUGAAAUGACUCUCGACCUGAUGAAAGGCGGAGCUAGGAUAUUUGGAGAGCGGGACGAAAUGACUCUCGACCUGAUGAAAGGGGGAGCUUGGAUAUUUGGAGAGCGGGAUGAAAUGAUUCUCGACCUGAUGAAAGGCGGAGCUAGGAUAUUUGGAGAGCGGGAUGAAAUGACUCUCGACCUGAUGAAAGGGGGAGCUUGGAUAUUUGGAGAGCGGGAUGAGUCUCGACCUGAUGAAAGGGGAACUACAUCCUCCGAAAGGGGAACUACAUCCUCCGGAUGAUAAAAUGAAACUUCAAGAGACCUUGAGCUAAUAUGUUUUUUUUUUUGCUGAGCAACAAAAGCACUCCGUCUACACUUCUAAUUUGUCUCAGCAGGAGGUUUCAACCCAGCGGAACUUUGCUGCCAAUGCAAGAGGUCGCCAGCCGGUGAAUAUCAAAGAGGCGCCAACUUUUUCAGCAUCCAUAGCAGGAGGCCAUCAGACGAGAGGGCCAGAGUCUAUCCCAGACCCGCCUAGGAGAUAUAUUAUGAGGGUAUAGGGUAAUCUAUUUCCGAUAUUUUCUGCAAGGAUACUCUCACCAGAAAAAAAGCAAACAAGUAAUUAUACAUUGCUAGUAUAUCCUGACUCCCGAAGUCGACCGCAAGAAGCUGAGUCUGUCUGCUGCGGGAAAUCGUACUCCGGCGAUAAAUUAUUUGGCCUGAACAAAGACAAAAAAUAGAACAAAUGUACUAGGUUUAGCACAACAUUGGCAACCAUCUUCACCGAAUAAGAUUUGCUUUGACUUCAUCUAAUCACAACUUCUCCUUAACGAAAUUAGAACGACUACCAGCGAGAAAAAGCCUCUUCACACCUUUUACACGGGAAGAACACGCCGAGCACUACAAAUACCAAGAUCGGCUCGUUCCUCGCGACAGCCCUUUCUGCCAAUCGCUUGGGAAUUUAGUGUUAUGAAAAAAAAAGUAGGAGAAGUAGGGAAGUUCCUUUUUCUGCGAGUUGUGAAAAGUCUGAUGGAGUAGAUGAAUAAUCUCGGGCUCGCAUAUUGUUCUUUUCUUGCUCAAAACACUACCAAGCUGUCCUACACUACCAAGUCCGCUCUAACUCUCGUCGAGCGGCAGAUACCGGGAUAUCUUGGCAGCAGUCUGCGGUCUCUCUACUACAUGAACCUUUUCCACUCUCUGCUGGAUUUCAACACCAGGACGCAUGUGGUUUUGGUCUCCUUCACAUACACGCUGUUCUGGAUGGUCAUUGCGGUAGUUAUGGAAAAUUGAGAAACCACCUGGACGCGGCUCCUGUCUGGAAGUCGUACUAUAGUCUAAUUGGAACUCAUUUACCGACUCGAGCCUCAUCCUCGAGCCAAAGCAUUUUUAUCGUCAUUCAGGUGUGCUCCGGUUAGUUUUCACCUCGACAAUAUUAGACAACGAUAUUACUUAGGUGUACUCGUCGAAUAACAUGCGAAACGCAUUGUUUUUCCACAUGGACGACCACGCCCACUUUGCCUUCAUCUCCUUCUUCCUCCUGAUCGAUGAGAGUUGCAAACUCGAUUUGGACCACAGUUUUACCAAGGCCUAUAUCUUGAGCGUGGAGACGUUUGUGACGAUUGGUUACGGUCUCCGGAACGACCCUUACCUGAACGGAUGCUGGGAAGGUGCUGUGGUUUUGAGUGUUAAGAAAUGCUAGAAGAAGACACUUUACCCGAUAGACCACGCGUUUGAAAGUUUACAGAACAAUCUAAGUUUCAGUAGGUUCAGUAGGUAGAAAAAAUUGAAUGAACAAAAAUUCAGUGACUCUUAGUUGCGUCUUCAAACGAUGACUCCACUACGAUAAAGCUACACAGCUGCCCUUCGCAGCAGUGUUUCUUUUUCUUUUCUACAUCUACGAUAACGAUCCAUCUCCUCUAAAUUACUCGGCUCCCUCGUGUCGAUGAUUUUGGAUGGCAUUUUGAUCGGUUUGAUUUUUAUGACGCUUACGAAUCCCCAGCGACGCGCUGCGACUGUGGUUUUCACGGAUAAAGCGAUUAUAAAAUUGAUAGACGGAUCGCCACACUUGGUCUUUCAAGUAGCAGAAAUACGAAAGCAGAGCUUAUUAGACGCAAAGAUACGAUGCUACUGCUUCAAGCAUUGCGAAGUCAUCAAUCCGCUGACGGGGACGAAGAGCAAGAGCAGGGUAUACUUUUUUUUGGAAUUUUGUGUUAGUAGUUGUGGUGGCUCAACUAUGGGGGCCUUAGGUGCUGCAAGUAGCAAGCUCUUAAGCGUUGCGAAGGAAUGGGUACCCGCUAAGAACUGCAAGUGCGCGGCACCUAGUGGUUGCCGCUCAUGGUUGCCGCUUAGGUGCUGCAAUUGCAAAAGCAUGCCCUUUAAGAGUUGCAAGGGUGAUUCUCUGAAGCGUUUCCGAAGUGCCUUUCUUAAGUGCUUCAAAAACGCAGUUUUUAACUGCUUCAGUAGUGGCGCCUAUAAGUGCUUCGGAGAUGCAUAUUUUAAGUGCUUCAGAAGUGGCUCCCUUAAGUGUUUCAGAGGUGCGGCUUUUAAGUGCUUCAAAAGGGCCUCCCUUGAGUGCUUCAGAGGUGCGGUUUUUAAGUGCUUCAGAAGUGCCCCCCCUUAAGUGCCUCAGAAGUGCCCCCCCAAAGUGCCUCAGAAGUGUUCCCUUUGAGUGCCUCCGAAGUGCCUCCCUUAAGUGCCUCAGAGGCGUGCCCUUCAAGUGCCUCAGAGGCGUGCCCUUCAAGUGCCUCAGAGGCGCGUCCCUUAUGUGCCUCGGAAGCGUGUCUUUUAAGUGCCUCACAGGCGCGCCCCUUGACAAGUAAACGGUGCCGCUCAUUACUCAUUAAGCGGCGAUAGUCACCACUUAAGCGAUAUUCGGUGAUAGUCACCAGCACCACUUAAGCGGGGAUAGUCACCACUUAAGCGAGGAUCGUCUCCACUUAUUAAGCUUUGAAGUCCUCUACUUAUUAAGCUUUGAAGUCUUCUACUUAUAUUAGGCUUUGAAGUCCUCUACUUAUGAAGCGGUGACAUUCAGUACUUAUCUAUUAACACCGACUGCAGUUUCCCAUACUCCCCACAUGCAGGUGCUGCAACAAUUCCCGAUGCGAUUGCAAAGUCCAGACGACGAGCUUGGUGGCAUGCUGUUUCUUGCGACGCCGUUUUUGGUCGUUCAUCGUAUAGACCAAUGGUCCCCAUUGUUUAGGCAUUAUCGCGGCCCAGAAGCGACGCCGCCAGAUUUCGAGUACGAACUAGCAGCUUGUGCAGGAGAAAACUCUGACCGGCUGCUGAGGGGAUUGGGCAGUACUUAUAGACAGCUUCUGUUGAGGAAGAUGCUCUAGUUGGUGUGCUAAUCUGAAUGAAAUAAGAGAUAAUUGCUGACUCUUUGUUGCAAUCGAAGAAAUACAUUAACCUCCAAGGCUACUUAAAUUUUUCUUGCCGUGAAAAUUAAUCAUGUUCCUCACACCGCCAGUCGGAAGCAAUCCAAGUCCGAUCAGCGAAAGAUGGGCAGGCGGUUACUCUGGACGAAUGGGCAGACAAGCUUCUGGAGUCUUCGGCGCAAAAGAAUCACUAAUAUUGUGGCAGGUCGUAAUAGAAAAGUCUUUGAUUAAUUCUGCUGGCGUUUCGUGGUAAGUAGCAAUGGCACCCCUUGCGUAGCAAGAUUGACAUCACAGGACUACUCCAUGUGCAAUCGCGCAAAAAGGCUCUAACUUGCAUAUCUUCGCAACUCUGCGCGAGAAGAGAUUACCUCUGUCCACCCAUGCGUAUGUGCGAUAUCGAGAGGGGCGCGUUUAUGCUUUUUUCCUGUCCGUACUGCGGAGAAAUGUUCAACACCAAACGAAACUACCAGAGACAUUUGGUGGAUAGGAAAGGGGAAGGUACUGGAUGGAGAAUGUACACAGAACGUAAUGGUCUGAACAUCUGGACAGCAUAGCUGCAAAUCGUCUUUGAUGUACAAAAGCACACACUGCGCAAAAUUUACAACAAUGUCACUAGGUAUCCACCCAGCCGACGUUCCUGACUUGGUGCCUAUGAGGCCAUCGCUGCGGAUGAAUACGACGACGAGAAGAGAGCACUCUUUCACCAGUCCAGACGACCAAAAGCAAAUAAAUAGCAGUCGAAACACGCGCUCUUCGGUGGGAGGAAGCGACGCCGGAGUAUGCAUUCCGGUUGCGGAGAAAUUGCAUAUAGAUUUAUGGCUUGUAGUUGAUGGCGGAACUCGGACUAUAUAUAUUUCAAAAAAUUUUCGAUGAUCUUCUUCUAAGCACAAUCUCGCGAAACAACAGCAAGGGCAGUAAUCGCGAUCAGUUCGGUCUAGACGCUGAGAAAAUAAUAAGCAGUACAACAGUAGACGAAGCCGGGGGCGACACUACGGACGACGCGAGGCAGGCCGAUAGGAGGGCCUCUAGUUAAGGCUAGUGGCGCGAGAUGUCCUGACUUAGUUCCCCUUGAUUCGAAGAGGAAAGCAGGGGGGAACCCGAGGAAGGACAGCCUCCACUUACCUUGAGUCGAAGACGAAAGCAGGAGGGAACUCAAGGAAGGACAGCCGCGCCUAGUGAUUGACUACCGCUAACAUAGUGAGGCAGAGGAAGCUGCCAGUUCCUUUCGCGUGGAGAUCAUAGACGAGGAGGCGCUACCUACUAAGGCAGUAGAUGUUACUCGAACAACAUCCGCUACAACAAGAGCAGCUGCAUCCUCGCCCCUACCAGUUAAGAACAGUGACGCUGUUGAACAGAGUGGAGCUUUUGCAUUGAAUGUCGGAGACGAAGUAGGUGCUCGUGAUACUAGAGCUGCAGGCACUCAGCAGCAUGGACGUAUGAAAGAUCCAGACAACAACGACCCAGAUCAAGAAGAUCCUUGUAGCAGGGAACAAGUGCAAUAUCCAGAGCACUUGCGAUCAAGGCACGAAAUGGAUUCACUUGAUGAGACUAGGAGGGAGCUGCGUUUAUACGACCAUGAACUCCAAGAAGAGCGCGCGCGUCUGUUUAUGGCUGCGGAAAGCAAAAGAUCAUCACGAGUCACUGCGUGUAAUAUCAGUUUGGAGAUAGUAGCGAAAAGAAGCCAAGUCCGCAUAUUCUGGAUUUUGGUUUGAAGUGAUUACCUACGCUAGACGGACAGAUGAGUGCCCUGAUCACAGUUUGCCUCUAAUCCCUUAAGCCACGACUAUUUCGAGAUCCUAGUCCUGGUCGAGGGUGUGGAGCCUUUCACCAGCAGCAUGGUGCAAGCGAGGCAUAGUUACGCUUUUGGCCAAGAUAUUGUGCUCAAUGGCGACUUCAUGCCUUGCACUUUCUUGAAGCAGGAUGGCUCUUCGAUGGUAGACUUCGGGAAGUUCCACCAAGUAGUCCAGGCUGACGUGACGGAUAGUGCCAGGACUAGUUCUUCGGAAUUAGGUGGAUGAAUAUGACUACACUCAGACUUCUGUGCUAAGAAAGGCCUACUAAAAGUGGGACUCAGCUAAUCCAUCAAGCCAAGUUUUAGACACAUACGUCGGGAGAAGGAGAUAACGAAGUGACGGAAUAGAAAAAAGAAACAGGAUAAACCUCAUCAAUACGACUUUAUAGUAGCUUAGCUGUAACGGCAAUUAUUGCCACUCCCAUUCUUUCACCAGGCCGCUUUCGUCACGCUUUUAGCUCCGCGCUGUAGAUGACUGGCGAGGCAUGUGACUUCACCGGUCGAGAUCUCAAAAACAUUAGUUAAGUCCGAUCUCUGCGCUUAGGCUUAGCACAGGCUUGCUUCACUGAUUUCGGGCUUGCUAGUCGUAGUUAAUUUUUUUCACUGUCAGUUCAUGUUUUAGGUGGUUCAUCAGUAAAUCCAUCAUCAGCGUUGCGGCGUGUCGUACCCCUGCAGGUGUGCUGACUUGCUCAUGGGGCCCCGCUGCGUCGGGUUGCGCCUUAGGUUUUCUACAGGGGCCGAAUGUACGGCCUCUUCGAUAGAUGUAGAUUUGUGGCCGAUUGUACGGUCUUAUGCGCACCCAGUAUGUAAUUUGGAUGAUCUUAUAAAUAUGGGGUAAAUAAUUGGCUGAAAGGGUGGCAGCAUAUAGUCCUAACGCAAAAAAAAAAAAAAUCUACGGGUGCUAGGAGCGGCACUAUCAGGGGCAUACACAUGGCAUGGCCUGCUCCUUUGGAGUACCUUGUUGAUUGAUGCAGACGCUUUUGAUUUCGUUUCAAUUGGGCGAGUAGUUUAACUUAGCUUUAUAGCAAAUUAAUAGCUUUUCUUAUGGAUGCGUACCCCAGUAGCUUAGCUUCUCCAGCAGUUUUCUUAUCUCGUUAUUCGGUUCCAUUGGUAUUCAGAUGCUUAUGAAGUAGAUAGAAACUGUAACAAGCUUUUCGCACUCAGAUUUCUCAAUAUUGGUGACAAAAGAUUUUGGCUUCAGUUCUCGCGUCAGGUUUCUCAGAUUUCCAGUUCAGGUUUACGCAUUUCGCAGUUUUUGAGUGAGUUUUUAGAUAUGAUGUCUGUUAGCUUUCCUCGGUUCUACUUAGUACGGUCAGUAGGUGCAAAGUUGAAGUUAGGGGGGGUAGAGGGUAAGUAAUGAGGGGUGGGUAAAGGGACAAGAACCCUGGGUCUUUGCUUACUUCGGGUUUCUCCACCAAACGCGCAGCUGGUCGAUCGAGGAUGCGUGCGCAGCGAAGUGUUUUGCCUCAUCGCAGUGACCAGACCUCGUGUUAGAUUAGCUUCGUUUGAGUCCCAUAGUAUCAGUGAGCGAGUCUUCUCAUGUCAUUUUCCUUUCUAGUACGAAAGUCUUUCUCUUGUAGAUUCUUUUUCUGGUGCAAUAGAUAUUGAAGAUGUUUGUAUCUAUUUUUUUUGUCGAGUGCUGUCUUGACCUCCUGUUUCGUGUCAUGUACGUAGAAGUCUGUCUUGAUAUAAGAAAGUACUCAUUUUUGACACAUGAUUAGCGGCAUGAGAAAACAUACACUCGUCAACAUGUUGCUCCACAUACCUUCGAAAUUUGAACUAAACGUAACUCGUUACGAUCUUUUACUCCUCAGUAUGUGCGACUAGCGUCUUGGUUGGUUCACCGUAGCGUAGAAGUAGUAAGAUUGAAAUCUCGGUGGACAGUAUUUUUGCUACAGCCUGUUUCCUUAUCGAGGAGAAGAGUAUACAUUUUUUCAAAACCUAUCUGAGUUCCAUAAUUUCUUAACCUUAAAUAGUGCCCUAGUGUGGACUAACGCAAAGUCUGUGGACCCCCCCAAAAUGGCUCUGACAAGAGUGCUUGUGGAUGAUACGACUCGCGCAGAUGAUGUUAGCAUGAAACUUCCAUGCGUAGUGACGGAA